GGAAAAGUCAUCAGUCGCUCAGUUGGCACCACAGCAACGAGAUCUAUCAGCACCUUUUGCUUUCUACAACCCAAGGAAUAUAUUCCAUCUUAUCAUGAACUUCUACAAGAUCUUUGUCUUCGUUGCCCUUAUCCUGGCCAUCAGCGUGGGAGAAUCGGAGGCUGGUUGGCUGAAGAAGAUUGGCAAGAAAAUCGAACGCGUUGGCCAGCACACUCGGGAUGCCACAAUCCAGGGUCUGGGCGUUGCUCAACAAGCAGCCAAUGUGGCAGCCACAGCCAGGGGCUGAAGAUUACCUAUAAAGUUUCCGCACCUAAUUACAAAUAAUUUUAUUUAUUUAACCAGCUGUAUUCCAUAAAAAAGUUGAAAAUUAAA